AUGGACCGAUACCAAUAUGAGCCGCUGUCUUCAAGCGGCAAACAGAUCCGACUCGUGAUUCUACACCCCCUCGUGCCGUCCCGCCCCGAGGAGAUCCGGGUGAGCAUCUUCGAAGCCCCCCUGGAAGCUGAACGCCGCGUCUUGUACAAAGAGUUUAUGGCUUUAUCGUACGUGUGGGGGGAUACAAACGAUAGACGAGAUCUCAUGCUCCGUCUCUCAGUAACUGCCAAUCUAGCGGAAGCACUGCCAUACCUUCCAUGGCCUGAUAGUUGCAGGACCCUCUGGAUCGAUGCUAUAUGUAUAAACCAGGAGGAUAUGGAUGAACGAGCCGAACAGGUGAAGUUAAUGGUAGAGAUAUACACGUCGUCGAAACACGUGCUCGCGUGGCUCGGCCCGUCUACGCACGACAGCAAUGUGGCCAUGAACUUGCUGCACUGGAUCAGCGACUCAAUCGACAUACGUCCUGACUACCGGAAACCCGUGGUGUUGGCCUACCAGGAGUUCCUCCUUGGCGAGAUGGAGGUGACGGGCCGGGCCGACUUGUUGUCGGAGUGUCUCAUGCCCAAAGACUUGUCUUCCACCUCCACCUCUACUUCCACCACCCCGACCUGGGCUCCCUCUUGGAUCUCGAAUUGGACUGUGAAGCGGGAGUGGGACUUUCUGAUGAUGAACCAGAGCGCCGAUGGCCAGUCGGCCGUGGCGGCCUUCUACGCGGAUCAGGGAACGUUGCGAAUCAAGGGCGUCCUCGUAGCCACUGUAGUCGACGUGCUGGAAUUCCCACCACUAUUCGUCGGCACGAAGGAGAGCAAGAACAACAAUAUUGCGGACCAGCCUCCAAGUACGCCACCAGUAGUGGCUCUUGUCAGGGAGAUCGCGGAGAAGCUCGAUCUCUCGGAGACAGCACAUUACCGCCCAUCACGCGGCAGUACCAUCCUCGAAGCGCUCUGCUAUGUAUUCUCGGGCGGUGGCUUUCUCACGAACCACCUUUCGGCCGAGAUGAUUAACGUCGCCACGCCGAGCAUGGCACAGUUCAAGCGCUUCGUUAGGUUCGCGCUCGAAUUUAAUGAGCAUGAUGCGUCCGCUCGAAAAGGGCCCGAUCAGGAAGUCCUGCUAUGUCUUGGCAGCAUCCUCAACGCCUGCAGGGAGCGCGCGCUGCUCGUCACAAGGGAAGGCUAUAUCGGGGCAGGACCCGUAGCUGCACAACCUGGGGACAAGAUUGCUGUGCUGCUGGGGUGUAUGCGGCCCUUGGUCCUGCGGCGGCAAAAGAGGCUGAGGAAUUUCACCACCACCAGCAGCGAUACUGGACAUGAUGGUAAUGCUAAUACGUACGCUGUCGUCGGGCCCUGCAAUUCACACGGCUUGAAUUGGGGAGAGGCCUUGCUCGGCCCCCUACCGGACGGCGUGACUUUUAUCUGGAACCCUUCUGGGCCUUAUGGGGACGUGGGUCCUGCGUUUGGAAACAAUCGCGCGGGAGAGGAGUGUGUAGCAGACCCUAGGGUUGACUGGGACUUGCUGAAAACUGACAGCAAGGAACACUCGUUUGUGCAGAGGGCGGCGGGUCCAGGUGAGGCGGAGGGAGUAACAUACUAUAGGAGGCCGGAUGCGGCAUACUUUGAAAGGAAGGGCGUUACAUUGGAGAAUCUCGAUUUUGUCUAG